UGCUGCGUUUCAACAGCGAGCUUCUCAUUUUAUGGACUACAUUUCCCAUGCAGCCCUUUGGCGAGCACGUGAGGUUGUAACGAAACGUCGUACGCAACAUCAACAGCUCGUGUUGUCACCGCAGGGAACUACAAAAUAUGUGUCCUUUUUAGUUCCUAGUUUUGUCGCACCAAGAAAGCGCUGGAUCUUCUUUAUACCAUUUUGAGACCUGUUGCCUCUAAAAGCGUACAUGAUGUAUUUUAUAGAGAGAUGCCUACCUGGCAGGCAUGAAUAUGAUUAAAACAUAUUUCAAUCAUAUUUUAGGAGCUAGCUUGCUAGGACAACAUGCAUACGGAUAAGAUGUCAAGAGUGUGGAGUCAUCGAGCCUGACACCUUGUAUUUAAGAAGGUCCUUGCACCAGAAGACCUGUUUGAAUCCCAGUGAGCUAUAAGUUCAAACUAUAUCUCCAUUCCAAACUUAUUUUCCUUUCCACUUUUCCCAUUGUUAGACCUGCCACCCUCUUCUAAACCUGUCUCCACCCCUUCCCCUUAACACGGGUGCCGCUGUGCCGGCAGCUCGGCAGCAUUGCAAUGCUGGGUUGUGUGCUGCGAAGGAGCAUGUCGCACAGACUGAGUAUAUUGCUGGUUCUCUUCGGUCUCGUGUGGUGUCUGCUGCUGCUUCAUUACACCGUCACACAACCACGUCGCCAGAGCAGCGCUGAGCUCCGCCAGCAGAUCCUUGAGCUCAGUCAUCGCUAUGUCAAAGUCCUCAGCCAGGAGAAUCAGAACCCUUCAGGGCCCCAGGGCACCUCCAUGGCAGGAUAUGCUGAUCUGAAGAGGACAAUUGCUGUGCUGUUGGACGAUAUUCUAAACCGUUUGGUGAAGUUGGAGGGGAAAGUGGACGUUGCUGUAAACGCAUCGGUGCACAACAUCUCUCAUCCUGCCGGGGGUGUCGGCACUGUUCUUGCUGCUGGAAUGAAUGUUUCCAGGCCUACCAAGCUAAAUUUGCCUACCCAACGGAGAGACCGGCGUACUAACCCACUGCAGUUUCCGCCACAGUCACCCGAUAGACCACCUAAGCCGCACUCUUCACAAUAGCAAUCUGUGCCAUGGACAUGUGUCAUUACUGGAAAAGACUGAAUGUACAGAGAUAUAUAUUUUUUAGAUCAAAGCAGCUUUUUAGACUUGCUUUAGCCAUUUGAGCUUCUUCUUGAUUGUUUUGUGUUUUAUUAGUGGAUCACACAAUAUUUUAUUACGUAUGUGCAAUAUGGAUCGUAAGAUCUGGAGGACCUGUUAUAUUCGGAUGAGUGGAUACACAAGUAGAUCUCCACUGCUAACAAUGUGUUAGAUGCACUUAGAUUGACUUUAAAUAAGAGGCUUACACGUUAAUGACAUGUUUAAAUUAGAAUUACACACAUUGCUGAGCUUUAGUUAUUUAAAUGUGGACAAAACGAGCAAAUCCAAAGAAUAUUUAUUUUCUCAGUUAAUAGAUUAUUAAAGUGUUUAUUGCAGAGUUAAUGUGAAUUUAAGGAUGGAGGAUAUACCUCAUGCUUUCAGUUUGCUCUUUCAGGAGACGAACCCCAGCAAAACUGAAGAAGCUUUCCAGAAGGAUCUGUACCACAUGAAACAUAAAUGACUGCAUACAAUAAAAUACAUACUAAAUUAAAA